UAUCUCAAUACAGUGUUCUUUUCCCAAAACUAUAAUCGUGUUACGACCAGGGUGGACUAAGUUUUGUAGACAUUACCCUUUACCAAAGUUGCGUUGUUUUGGAGCGCAAGGUCGAAUUGAGUUAUUGCACACGCGUACUUCACAGAAUAGGCGUUCGCUACUGGAAAUAUGCAAAUACAUGCUAGAGCGCGCCAAUAGGAUCUCACUAGCUCGUGCUUGCCUCUGCCCUUCAAACUUGCCUGUUCUGCCCACUAUGAUUCAUUUGUUCCCAUUGGAAACGACAGGCUGUGGUUUGUCUUGGGUUAGUUAUCUUUGGAUAAAUUGCAAUAUGGCGACGCCCAUGCACAGAGUUAUUGCUCGUCGACAAGCGGAGGCAAAUAAACAACAUGUUCGGUGUCAGAAAUGUUUGGAGUUUGGACACUGGACAUAUGAGUGCAUUGGUAAACGAAAAUACCUUCACAGGCCAUCAAGAACAACAGAAAUGAAAAAGAAACUGAAAGAAAAUGAAAAUAAACAGGUCAAUACCACAGGACCAGGAAAGGAGGACUCCAGUGAGAAAAAAAUUAAGAAGAAAAGGUCAAAGGAUUCAAGUGGUAGUAGCAGCAGUGAUUCUGACAGCUCUUCCAGUGACUCAUCGUCUGACAGUAGUGAUUCCUCAAGCUCUUCGUCGGAUGACAGUGAUGACAGUUCUAGCUCCUCUUCCUCUAGCAGCUCAAGCAGCUCGGGUUCCGAUUCAUCUGAAGGUAGCGACUCGGAUCAAGGUCCUCCCAAGAAGAAAAAGAAGAAGAAAUGAAGGCUGAGCUGUAUUGUGUUCCACCAUGGCAUUAACCUGAGCUAAACUCGGACCCUUUAGCUGUUAAGGAGCUGUCUUAAAAAUGAUAUGGUGUAAAUUGUAAUCAACAAGCAGUGAGGUAUUCAGCAUUUGUCAGAAUGUGUUCUCUCCCCUGCAUUAACCCCCCUGUAAAGUCAGUGGAAAGGUGUGGUCAUAUCUCAACUUGGUCUCAAAACAAGUUAGGAAAUUUAUCUAGAUUAAAAUUGAGAAAUGUAUGUGCUUCUUACAUGUUGUAGUUCCUUACUUUCUAAUGUUUUUGAGUGACUCCAUACAUGUACAGCUAUGUAUCUACUGUUAUGACUUUUGCUACUGAAAGAUAUGUAACAAAUACUUUUUUGGGGGGGGGUGGGGGCUGCUGCAGCAGCUGUAGACACAUUUACUCAUUCAUUUUCCUUUUCAUAUUCUUUCUAGUACGAUUCCAGAAACAUUACCAGCCCAGUAAAGCUUGGCUUUGGUUGUUUUGUGAAGUGUGUUAUUGAUUUUGGCAUCCUUUUGAUAUGUUGUUGACAUUUACAUUUACAUUUAAGUCAUUUCAACUUCCCAUUUUAAGGACAUUUGUAUGGUCUCUUUUGUUAGGCACAGCCUAAUUGUGAUCAUGCCAAUGUAUGCCUGCCACCCGUAAGUUGGUCAUGCUUUAAACUUUUUUUUUUUACCUAGUGUCACAGCAUUGAAUAAUUUAAAUAAAAAGUCAGUUGCAAGUGUA